GGGAGGCUCUGGGAAGCGCUAGGAUGGUUUUCCAAUCUAAAGCACGUGAAAGAAGCGCAUGCCUCUAAAUCCAGACUCGUCCCAUGCGGAGAGAGGGGAAGUGGUCGGUAUUUCCACUCUUGCAUCAUUCAACCGAUGACGUAGCUCGUUGGCUCCGAGUGGCGGCUUGGACAUAAAUUGCUGGGAAACCGGCAACACCUCGCGCCAUGUCUGAUAUCCCCAACUCCAACGAGCCUUCCGGCGAUCUGAGGCCUCAGCCCAGCAAGGCCUGGGGCCAAUUCCACUCGGUCAAGGGCACACUCAUCGAGAUGAUCGGGCACAUGAUGGGCGCGACAUCGUGGCAGGAGUCUGGGCGUGAGGAACAUCUGCGCGGGGAGGGGGAGGUCCAAGCAGCGGAGGCCGAGGCGUACGUGCAGGGUGCGGUCGACAGGGUGCAGGGAAAGGUCGACGCUGUUGUUGGUGCGAUCACCGGGGACCAGGCCAGACAAAUCCAUGGUAGGUCCAUAAGAUUUGGAGAUGGCGGCGUUUGGAUGUGACUCAAUUCAAUUUUCCUGGUAGGCAAUGCUCAGCAUGAUAUGGGCAAGGCUAAUCAGGAGGCAAACGGGCCGUUUUGAGCAGAUUGAAUAUUACAUAUACCCUGUACGCAACUUAGCUAUCGUCUAAACUAUUCCCUGGCAUGCGAGUCGCAUCGAGGCUGUCUC